AUGUAUUCCAUAAUCAUCUAUGUUUUACCAAGUUAUCUGCCUGAUGCGCUUAUAAAUAUAUGUUUUGCUUCACUAGCUAUUCCGAUUAACAUCUAUAUUUUAUAUUUAAUUUGCAAAAAUCACGGGCAAAUCAAGGGCUCUUCAAAGUUGUUACUUAUUGAAAUGGUCGCUUGUUAUCUGUAUGCUGCAAUUGGUAUAACGUCAUUGGAUUUAUUCUAUUUAAUUUCACUAUGCUUUAAAAUUCCACAUACUAUAUUUUCUUGUAGCUUAUUGAGACGAAUAUUCGGCAUGACUCUAUACGCUCCUAAUCUUGGAAUUUUUGUGGUUGCGGUUGAUCGCUAUGCGACAGUAAUUUGGCGACGACACAUUUCACGAAAAAUCAUGGUGGCCGCCUUUGUUUUUCCGAUAAUUGCAUUGUCGGGUGAUGAAAAUUGCAUGAGUGAUAAAAAACUUCAUUCUGAUGUACAUGCUGGUGCUGGUAGAUUCUUGGUUAUUUUUGAAGAAUGCAUUGCAAAAGAUGUACCGAGAUUACCUUAUCAUCUAGGCACAUCUACAAAAGAUGCUUAA